GUUUUCUUGCUCUCAUCUCGUAGAGUGUCUGUGUGAGUGUGGGGUGGAGGCAGUGGUGUGACCGACUGUGCGUGUGUGUGUGUGUGUGUGUCUCCCUCUGCGCUGUGCUGUGUCCUUGUCCCUGCCUCCUGGCAGCGAGGAGCCACCCAGCAGCCGGUCUGUGAUUGGGCAGGGGAGUGGGGUUCUUGACACAGCGUGGUGCUGACUGCUUUGGGACGUGUUUCAACAGAUGGUCGAGGUUAGAGAGUGUCAUCACAUUGGGGAGAGGAUUAGAGGAGAGAGGUUGUCUUCCAGGAGCUGUGUGGUCCCCCCUACUCUUGAAACCAAGUCCCAGCACGAAGAUACAAACCCCUCCAUGAGCAAAGGCAGAUCUGGUCAAGAAGCGUGGGGAUAAAACUGAGAGGAAUCGUAUCCUUGCCUCUCAGUCAGCCAGCACUUUUCUCUCCUGCCUUCCAGUCCAUCACUGCUGCAAGAGCUGCACAAGAGUGAGUGAGUGGCCUGGCUGGUUCUCUCUCUCCCCUUCUCUCCAUUAAUCUCCUCCAUCUACCCAUCCUCUGGCCUGUUGUUUCAGUCACCAUGCUGAUUCACUGGCUGUCCUGGUUGGCCCUCCUGUCGCUGGAUUGGGCUCCAGGCAGCUGGGCCUUCACCACCACCAGGGCUCAGGGCCUCAGGGGCCGCAUUCAGAGAGACCGCAGAAACAUCCGGCCCAACAUCAUCCUCAUCAUGACUGACGACCAGGAUGUUGAGUUGGGUUCUCUACAGGUAAUGAAUAAAACCCGCAAGAUCAUGGAGGAUGGUGGCACUUCUUUCACCAAUGCCUUUGUCACCACACCCAUGUGCUGCCCGUCACGUUCUUCCAUGCUGACGGGCAAGUAUGUCCACAACCACAACACCUACACCAACAAUGAGAACUGUUCCUCCCCUUCCUGGCAAGCUCAGCAUGAGCCGCGCUCCUUUGCAGUCUACCUCAAUGAAACUGGCUAUAGAACAGCUUUCUUCGGCAAGUACCUCAAUGAGUACAAUGGCAGCUACAUCCCACCUGGGUGGCGCGAAUGGGUUGGAUUGAUCAAAAAUUCCCGCUUCUAUAAUUAUACUGUCUGUCGGAAUGGUUACAAGGAGAAACAUGGUGCUGAUUAUGCCAAGGACUAUUUCACUGACCUAAUCACCAACGACAGCAUCAGCUUCUUCCGCAUGUCCAAGAAGAUGUAUCCGCACCGUCCCGUGAUGAUGGUCGUCAGUCACGCUGCUCCUCACGGCCCAGAAGACUCGGCGCCACAGUAUGCCGAAUUCUUCCCGAAUGCUUCGCAGCACAUCACCCCGAGCUACAACUAUGCCCCCAAUAUGGACAAACAUUGGAUCAUGCAGUACACAGGCCCCAUGAAACCGAUCCACAUGGAGUUCACCAACUUCCUGCAUCGGAAAAGGCUACAGACGCUUAUGUCUGUGGAUGAUUCAGUGCAGAAGAUUUAUGACAUGUUGGAGGAAACUGGCGAACUGGACAACACUUACAUCAUUUAUACAGCAGACCACGGAUACCACAUUGGUCAGUUCGGGUUGGUCAAGGGCAAGUCAAUGCCUUAUGAUUUUGAUAUCCGUGUACCGUUUUUCAUGAGAGGACCGAAUGUGGAGCCUGGGGCAGUAAACCCUCAUCUGGUGCUAAACAUUGACCUGGCUCCCACAUUUCUCCACAUUGCUGGACUGGAGAUCCCUCCAGACAUGGAUGGAAAGCCCAUCCUUAAAUUGCUGGAACAGGAACGGACUGGCAACAGAUUCAAACCAAACCGGAAACCCAAAGUCUGGAGAGACACAUUCCUUGUGGAGCGAGGGAAGAUCCUGAGAAAAAAGGACGACUCAGCGAGUACUCAACACAGCAACAGUCUCCCCAAGUACAAGAAGGUCAGAGAGACUUGCCAGCAGGCUGAAUUCCAGACACCGUGUGAACAGCCCGGACAGAAAUGGCACUGCGUUGAGGAGAUCACAGGGAAGUGGAGGAUACAGAAGUGUAAAGGUGGUUCCAAAGAAGGCUCCAGGAAGAGAGCCCGCAGCCUAAAGCCCCGUGACAGUUACGACAAAAGGGAGAGGGCCUGCGACUGUGGAGACGCACAGUAUAAACGAUCCAAGACCGAACGCCGCUCCCACCGACAGUUUCCUUCCUCAACAAGCCGCCGUUAUCGCCCACGCUUCGUCCACACUCGACCUGCCAGGUCUCUGUCUGUGGAGUUUGAAGGUCAAAUAUAUGAUAUUGACCUUCAGGCAGAUGAUCAGUCAGCUGUCCGUCCUCGUGUCAUCUCCAAGCGUCACUACAACCCAGAGGAACCAGAAUAUGAGUUGGGGUCUGACGACGGUUCAGAGGAAAUGCUGGCAGAUGAUACAAAUGCAGUCGGAUACCUGAACUCUGUGAAAGUUACCCACAAGUGUUACAUCCUCGUGAACGACAGCGUCCACUGCGAGAGAGAAAUCUACCAGUCCCCCAGAGCGUGGAAGGAUCAUAAGAGCUAUGUGGACCAGGAGAUUGAAGCACUUCAAGAAAAAAUGAAAAAACUGCGAGAAGUAAGAGGUCAUCUGAAGAGGACACGGCCAGAUGAUUGUGACUGUGGAAAGAAGAGCUAUUAUAGCAAAGGACACAGAAACAAGGCAGAGAGAUUGAAGAGCAGGAAUGAUCAACUCCAUCCGUUUAAAGAGGCUGCGCGGGACAUAGACGGGAAGGCCCAGUUGUACAACGAGAUCCGCAGGAGAAAGAAGGAAAGGAAGGAGAAGAAGCGCCAGAGGAAUGGCGACGACUGCAGCCUUCCAGGCCUCACUUGCUUCACGCAUAACAAUGACCACUGGCAGACGGCUCCCUUCUGGACACUGGGGGCAUUCUGUGCGUGCACCAGCUCCAACAACAACACGUACUGGUGCCUGCGAACAAUCAACGAGACCCACAACACGCUCUUCUGCGAAUUCUCCACCGGCUUCCUGGAGUACUUUGACCUCAACAGUGACCCCUACCAGCUUACCAACGCAGUAUAUGCAGUGGAUCGAGAGGUGCUGAACACACUCCAUGCCCAGCUCAUGGAGAUGAGGAGUUGUCAAGGAUACAAGCAGUGUAACCCUCGCCCUAAAGGCUUGGAUACAGCACGCAGCCAAUAUGGGAAGGACAACAAGGUUAAGCUACCCAACUUGACAGAUGAGGAGGUGAACUGGCAGGGACUGGAGGAUUUGUAUAGCAUAAACGAAAGCCUGUAUGAAUGUAGGCCUGACUACAGCCCCAGCCCAGAGAAUUGGGACAACUUCCAGAAGGAUGUAGAUAAAAUGUUUGCACUGCGACACGUUUUUAACAACCAAACCCAUAAGCUUGACGACUCCAUCCUGCCAGAGCUGGGCUCCGGGGCCGGGGGUGGAGGGCUUGAAGUGGGCAGUGGAGAAGAGCUGGCUUCUGCCAGUGACGUCUGGCCGGGCUUAGUCACAGAGACUCGCCUCACCACCCCCAUCCCCAGCAAAAUACCAUCGGCACGACCCACACCCAGGCCCACAUUGGAACAGAAACUGGAGCCUGCUGUCAACGACCUUCCCGAGAGGCUUGUAAGCGGACCUGAGACGUCCGUUAUGUCAAAAUCAGCAGUGAUAUCAUCACCAGGUCUGAGUAGAGGCAGGGAUGUCCUCCACAGCGAUACGUGGGCGCAGCUGCUUGAGGAGAUUGAAGGCGAAACGUUUAGCGGGAAUGGGCUGACAGAACUCGAAACGCGACACGAUGAUCUCUUGCUUACUCACAACAGCCUGCGAGCCCAGCUAGAACUCGGCCCCGGUCACCGAAAGACCAUCAGCCCGCAGAGUCUUAGUCAUAACCUGGACCCUGAAGAAGAGGAUGAUAUUUUCCACGCCCAAGGCUUUCUCCCUUUUGUCUCGCAGACUCUGAGGCCUAAGGUCCAAGCUGGCACCACAGGGAGCCCUCCCACCACCACCAUCCCCACCACACAGACUAGCACACAGAGUGUCAGGGUGGUGCUGCCUCAGUCAGCUCUGCCCAUCACCUUGGACUACGAGGCCAGCGGCUCUCUGCCUCAACCCUCCAGUCAGACCCUCUGAGGCAGACUCACGCUCUGGCCAGCCAGCCAAUAAACUUCCGGUCACCAUAAAGACACGGUGAUUAAGGAGCGCUAGCCAAGAGCGAAGCAAAAAGAAUAAUGCCACCUCAGUCAGUCAGAGUUGUAUAAUGAGUAUUAAAGUUAUUGUUUAUUUUUUUACUGUUGCCUACAAUUAUUAGUAAACAGUGUUAUGUUUCUUUUUCCUCAUAUAUAUAUCCCCCUUAAUGCAGCUAAACUUAAGUGUUGGAAUUAAAAAUGCUGAAUUCCACAUGGAUAACAACACCAUUAAUGUUUUUAAUAUGCUUUUAUGAAAAACGGUGUGAGUGGUUAAACCAUCUCUAAAUGGGUGAUUAGCAUCGAGUUAGUUACGCUCCAUUCAU